AAGAAAAAUAUAUAAAUACUUUAAUCUCAAUUUUUUUGAGACCAUAAAUUACUAUUAUUUCUAAUUACAACAUUGUAAUAUAAUAUAAAUAUGACUGAUGAAUACGCGGCUGUUAAACGUGGAAAGCUAAUUCUUAAAGGGGAUAAACCGAAAGCAAAGAAACGGAAACAUAAGAAAAAAGAAAAAUCAGAAGGUGAUAGAGUUGAUGAAGACUCUGUAAAACAUGCUGGAUGGUGGAAGGUCGAGAAAAUUGAUGACAUUUCUGGAUCAAUUGCUGUUGAGUUUGGAAACAAUUCCUAUGUAUCAGCAUUAGAUAAUGGCCUCUUUACGAUAGGAGCCCCUCACGGUGACAGUGAAGGGCCAUCACCAGAAGAAAUAUUCACAGCUUUCCCAGCUGGUGAAAAUAAGUUUGCACUGAAAUCAGGAUAUGGGAAAUAUCUUGGUGUAUCAAAAGUGGGUGUUGUUAUAGGACGGUCAGAUGCAGUUGGCCCAAUGGAACAAUGGGAGCCAGUUUGGCAAGAUGGUAAAACAGCCAUCCUUAGUUCACUAAAUAAGUUUAUGUCAGUCGAUGAAGAUGAUUCAGUAGUUGCUCAGAGUCUUACAGCAAAUGAGAGUGUUAUCUGUAACAUACGAAGUAAUAAAAGCCGUGAGACCAGCAAGUCUGUGGUAGUUGAGGAAGAGGGGGAUCUCAAUGAAGUAGAAGUCAAUUAUGUAAAAAAGUUCCAGAAAUUCCAAGACAAAAAAUUACGGCUCAAUGAUGGUGGUAUUGUUGAACUGAAACGUGCUAAAACUGAGGGCAAUCUCCAUGAAACACUUUUGGAUCGUAGAAGUAAAAUGAAAGCUGAUAGAUAUUGUAAAUAAUUUAAUAUAAAGAUAUCUUUUA